AUGGUUCUCUAUAAUUAGGUGGAACUUGUACUUGGGACCCUUCUUAUUAAUUGGCUUAAACUGGUGUUUGAUGCCGAUAAGAAUGUGAAAAAGAGAUUACUUUAUAAAAAGAUCAAAUAAUAUAUGUGUUCCAGAUAAAAGAAUUAAAUCACUCAUUUCAUAUUUUGAAUCUACAACUUUCAGUGCAAUUUCUUCUUUUUAAUUCGUUCAAGAUUCUACAAAUUUAAGAAGUUAUCCAUCUUAAAUUUUCGAUUGUUCAUCUACUAAAUUUGUAGGAAGUUUACUUUACAGUGAAGGAAUGAGUUUUUAAUUUGCAAAUUCGCAAUCCUUAUAAUUUAUCAGGCUUAAGAUUUCAUUUUAUAUUAAGAGCUUUUAGACUGAUAAUAAAAUAUAAAUAAUAUUAGAUAACUAAAUAUAAGGUGAAAUAAUCAAAACCUCAUCUAAUUUUACUUUUGAUAAAAUUAAAAAAAUUAUAGUUCGGGUCUCGCUUGCGCUAAUACUUAUGAUUUAAUCAGGAUAGAGACAAUAUUAGAACUUAUUCUAAUACUCCUUUACUUAUUUUAAAAGGAGAAGAAUUAACUUUGGAAACUUUGAUAUGGGGAUUCAGAAAUAUUAUAAUUGA